CCUUUGCUAGUCACUCGCUACAACCACACUCAUUUGAACGCAUCCACGCAGCAACAGCUCAACAACACCACCGUUUCGCACGAAAUCCAUCUCAGACAAAAUGAAGUCCUACAUUUUCGCAGCCACCGCGCUCGUCAGCGCCGUCGCUAACGGAGCCGUGAUUCGACGUGAGGAAGACUGCGAUGAACCAAAGGCGCCGACCUACGGCAGCUCUUCCCACCACGGUACUAAUCAGACAUCAGGCCAAGGAUCGAACGGCACUCUGCCUUGCGGUGCCACCAGCUCCACCACCUACACUGUGGUCGCUGGCGACACUCUGACCACCAUCUCCACCGCCACCGGCGCCGGUAUCUGCGACAUUGCUUCUGCUAGCAACGUCGCCAAUGUCAACCUCAUCACUCCUGGCCAGGUCUUGACCAUCCCACAAGGCUGCACCCUUCCUAUCGACAACACCACUUGCAUCGCCACCCCAGACAUUCCAGCCACCGAGACUUGCGUUGCUGGUCUUCCAAGCACCUACACCAUUGUCAGCGGCGACACCCUCACCGCAAUCGCCAAGGACUUCAACAUCACCCUCGACUCUCUCAUUGGUGCCAACACUCAGAUCGCCAACCCAGACGCCAUCUCCGUCGGCCAGGUCAUCAACGUCCCAGUCUGCCCCAACAGCCAGUGCGCCACUGUCGGUACCUACACCAUCGUCUCUGGUGAUCUCUUCGUCGACUUGGCCGCCACCUACAAGACUACCAUUGGUCAGAUCAAGGCUCUCAACCCAACUGUCAACGCCACUGCUAUCCCUGUUGGCCAGCAGAUCAUCCUGCCACAGAACUGCGCCAACGUCACCAGCACUGCUGCCCCUGCUACCUUUUAAGCGGUUCCUUCGCGCGUUCCUCUCUGAUUAGGUCUCUUGAUGGAGCUUGCUACCGGACCAGAUUGGUCACUUUUCGACAGCAUGCGGAAUGAGGUUGGCUGGACUGGCAGCGGCACUUGCACCUUCGGCAAGCCGGAGUACGAGUACGAUAGACUGAAGAGGAGAUGGAAAUGGAAUUGCUGGAUUUGGUCAUUCUUGGAUUCGCAAGGAGAUGUAAAUCUAUGUACACGGAUAU